UUUGCCUACUCGGUACAAGAUAUUUUGAAUAUUCUCACAACACUUUCAGGCCUAACUUAUCCAGCACUUGUUUAAUCAAUUAGCACCAUGUCGCCCCCUACCUUCACAACACCACCACCCGAGGUUGCAAACACUCUGGUGACGUUUCCAUCGCCGCAUGUCAUGCUUGCCACUCUCAACAGGCCAAAACAGCUAAAUGCCAUCCCAACCUUUCAACACAGAGAUAUGGAACUCCUCUGGCAGUGGUACGACAGCGAGCCGACGCUCCGGUGUGCCGUUCUGACGGGCACGGGACGGGCCUUUUGCGCGGGUGCGGACCUUCGCCAGUGGAACGACACCCACGCGGCGGCAAAGGACGGCGAGCAGCCGCGGCGGCACGUCCCCAUCGCCACGUCCGGGUUCGGCGGCAUGGGCAACCGGGUGGGCAAGAAGCCCAUCGUGAUUGCGUGCAACGGCCUCGCCUUUGGCGGCGGCAUGGAGAUGGUCAUCAACGCCGACCUCGUGGUCGCCGGCACGUCGGCCAAGUUUGGCCUGCCCGAAGCCGGCAAGGGCGUCGUGGUCCUCGGCGGCGCCCUGCCCAGGCUCAUCAGGACGGUGGGCAAGCAGCGCGCCAGCGAGCUGACCCUCCUCGGCAGGACAGGCUACACGCCCGAGCAGAUGCGGGACUGGGGGAUUGUUAAUUUCGUGGUUGACGAUGCAAAGGUCCUCGAGGAGGCUUUGAAGGUCGCCGAGGAGGUCGCUUCCAACUCGCCCGACGCAGUCAUUGUCAACCGCGAGGGGCUGCGGUUGGGGUGGGAGGGCGUCGGGCCGGAGCUCGGGACCGCGAUCCUUGCGCAGGGCAUGUUUGGUCGGAUCGACGGCGGGGAGAACAUGCAGGAGGGGGUCAGGAGCUUUGUGGAGAGGAGAAAGCCGAAGUGGGUGGAUAGCAAGUUGUAAAGUAUUUAAAAGUCUUGAUUUUGGGAAAGGUUUUCGGUCUCGUCCGAGGCUAUGACUGCCAUGAAAAAGUUGUCUGUUGCAAUCAUCUAUCUGCUCGAUCAAAUA